CCGCCCCACUCUGGCUGCCUUGACGGUAUCGGACUAACCGUUUUGCCGAAGCCGAACUUCUGCCUCUAGCCUCCUGUUCGCGGUUCACAAUUCACGCUUAUCACCAUCAUUCAAUCUCUCUCAACCUUCGCCAUAAUUAUCGCCGCUCCUGAAACCUUCGCUUUCUUUCCAUCUUAGUCCUCACGCACUUCGCCCAUCAGCCUUUCGCUCAUUUCGACCCGACCGAACCCUUUCUCAACAAUGCUCACCGAGAGAAGCCCGUGAAUCGCGCUACAGCCGUUGCAAAAUUCCGGAUUAUACCCACCCAGCAAGCGUGUUCUGCCUCGCUUCGUGGAAUAACCGGGGCUUGUAGAAGGGACCUGCUCAAAUCUCGCAGUUCAUCUGGAGUUUGGGGCGACCUAGCAGUUUCAUCUGGAGGUCACAGGUAGCCUGGCAGCGAAGCCGGCUUCUCUUUGGUGUGCGUUGUCGAGUUUGGGGGCUGCAGGUAAGUCCCGAGAUUUGUUGUACUGACCAUUUAGUAUCCCGGCAGUCAGCGGUAUGUGAUUCACUGCACGAACUAUGGCGACUCCAUCAUGCGUCGAUAUUGAACAGACACCCGCCGUCGUUGAGUGGGAAUGGGAGGGCGCGACGCGUUCCUUGGCCACUCCAGAUCCAGACAAUGUCCCGAUACGAUUCACGAUACAUAUCGAUUCGACCCACGGCAAGCAUCGCGCUCAUUUCGAGAUAGUUGUUCCUGUCAAAUUUAAAGACAAGCCGAGUAGUGCGGCAGUUUUCUUACGAAUUAGCCCUUUAUUCAUCACUUGUUUCCGCUUCUCUACAAACAUUGACGCUUUGGACUCUUUGAAAAAGCAGCGGUUUAGCUGCGCUGCAUGUCUUGAGUUCGAACUGAGCAACUCUAUCGCCGUACUCGUCCCCAGCUACCUCAAAGAGCCAAUAUCAGCCGCCCGACCACGCUCUGGCAAGGUUCUAGACUCUCUCUACGAGCUAUCCCAUGUCACUUCUCUACGAAUAUAUAUCCAGGAUUCUCUGUUAUCCCUCGACCAACUCAAUUCCAUCAGCGACAGAGCAACAAAGGGUCAGCUCGAGCCCUUUUCUGGCCCCGAGUAUGACAUUUCGCGCAUGUUCAGUGGCAGCGGCGCAAAGGCUACAACACUCGUACCACCCAAACCUCCAUCAUAUGAGAAAGCGACUAGCUCGCACCCGCCGAGCGCUCCCUCAUAUCAACGUAAACGACCUCGACAGGACAGUCCCCAAGCGCCCGAUAGCAUCAGCCAAGUCUGGGACAGGCUACAGAAGCUAGAGUCCUUAUUUCACAGCAAGGUUGGAGAGCUAACAGCUGAGAAUGCUAAGCUCCGGGACCAGAAGCCAAAGCCCGACGAGCCGCAAGCUGAGACUACCCAGCCUACAGAUCAGUCACAGGUGGUUAUAGAGCUGAGAGCUGAGAACACUCAGCUUCGUGAAGAGGUUGAGCGUUUGAAGAAGAGGCAGGAGGAUCUUGAGGCAGAGGUUGCAUCGCUACAAACCGCACAAAGAAAUGAGAAAGAUACAGAGGAGGUUGCAAUAAUAGAAAUUCGAGACGACAUUGAGUCACUGGAGCGUAGACUGUCUUGGGUUGAGAAUGGAAAAGAUGAAUACUUCAUGAAGCAAAUAAAGCAAGAAAUCUUUGACGAGUUAGCAACGCGUAUCUUGGGCGGCUAGGGCUUGCAUCAAGGUACAAAAUCAAUCCAAAAGAUCAAGACACUUUGCUGAUACUCAUCAGAAGUGAACAAUGACUGAGAUGCCAGUAAAUGACGUUACGAUCGCUGCUUUUUCAACAUCAAACAAACUUGACAAGACGAACAACCUUGAUCUUCCCUGCGAGCAUUUGUGUGUAUCAUACAGCGUGACCAAUCAUGCUCCAUCGCAAGCGCAAAUGACACAACCCAAAGACACAAGAGCAAAGAGAAACCAGACGUUCAGGAGUAUAAGCCGCAUACCAUCAGGUUCAAAAAAGUCAUAGCUCGUUUAUUGCCAUACGUCCUCCUCUAGUUAUGUUGCCAACCCGGAUACCAAAAGAAUUAUCUAUCUCAAAAAGUGACUGUUCUAGUCAAGCGCCUGAUUAAUGAAGCUCAGCUCCACCAGAGAGGAGAACGUUGACGAGCUCUUCGUCCUGAGCCCUCACUGCUACCUCGAGGGCCGUCAUGUUGGCCGAGUCCCGAGCAUUGAUAUUUGCUCCGUGAUUCACGAGGAGUUCGAGAGCACUUGCACGUCGGAAGCGUACAGCGAUGUGGAGGGGAGUUGUGCCGGAGCAGUCGCGCGAGUUCACGUCUGCGCCAGCCUUGAUUAGCGAGAGGAGAAUCCCCGUCGUUCCAUUGCGGGCAGCGAUGUGGAGUAGCCUAGAUGGUCUACUGUUGAGAUCGCUGGAGUCAGAGGUGAGUGAACUUGAAGACGCAGGCGGCGCUCGCGGCUCUGGGUUAGAUAUCCCUGGGGCUGGGACUGAGACUGAGACUGAGAGCUGACGAGGGCUAAGCGUGUCCACUAGUGAACCACUAAAACCAGGCCAGUCCUCAUCGAGAGAAGAGGGCCAGGGCAGGGCGGUAGGGUCAUCCAGGGGGCCGUCUAGUGCCCAGACGCCAAGGUCUUCCGACGCUUCGGCCCGUAGACAGGCGGAGUCAGAACCAGAGCCUGAGCCUGAACCUGAACCUGGACCUGGACCUGGACCUGGACCUGCACCAGGGUGUUGUGGCCGAUGCAAUAGCUGCGCCAAGUCCUGCGAAGUUGCUUCUGCAGUUGGCGUUGGCUGUACUGCGGCGUCCGCAGUAGCGUCGCUAUGCUGCUCACGCUGCCGUUGGCGUGCUCCUAAGGCUUGUGAGCACAAGGUAGUUGCAGUGAGGUCGUAGUAACAUACUCGAUGCCCUCUUGGCGAUUCUGUUGCGUUCGCGGAGACGCUGCGUUUCCUGCUGCUUAGGCGAUGGGAAGAGGACGCAGGCUUCAAGCUCUUCCAUUUCAAUCGAGAGAGCCAAAAGAUGGACGUUCACCCUGCUAGCGGCAUAGAGCUUGGCUUUGGUGCACGCACGCACAAGUACAGUAGAAAUUCAGCUUCCACGACCGCCAGACUAAAGCUAGAAAGCGCCGAGCCUCAAGAGUGGCGGUCCAUACUAAUAAACGACGGUGAUGGCGUAUAAUACGGCUUCACGGCACAAUCCUUGGCGCUCAGGAACGGGCAAAACACGACUCUGAACGUGCCGGCGGAGGAGGUUUGCGCAUUUUGGACCCCAAACAGUCCAGGCGACAACAUAAGAGAGCAAGGUUCUUGGCGGAAGUUAGCUACGGGUAUGUUUGUUAGGUAUCAUAACCGCGUUUGUCGGCCGUGCCGUAGACAUACACAGACUAGACGGAUUCCUUCUAUAUCCCAAAACAACAGGAGGCCGAGACGCCUUAUAUCAGAAGCUCCACUGAUAAGAGAGGAGGCAUGGGAAUUAACAGGGCAUAACUUGACAUCUGCGAUCCUACGCUAAACUACAUCGAAUCUAGCUGGUCGAUCUUAUGGAGUUCUCAGUGAAUAUAAUUCUCCGUAGCACGACAGGUCCCGACUUGGCUUCACCGUAC